GAUUCGUCGGUUCCUUUCGCUGCUGCGGUGGAGAGGAGAGAAAGGGAGGAGACCGAGUCGACCCCAUGCAAUGCAAGUUGUCAAAUCGAGGAAAGAGUUUCAGUCGGUGAUGAAGACGACACAUUCGUGCCCCUAAACCCAAAUAAUGGACGGAAGAGCCAUAACUCCACAGAUCGGCCCGAUUCUUGGCUGCUUCUCAUACCUACCCACGUGAUGCGGUCUCCAAUCUAACUCCCUCCAUGGCUCCAUCCCCAUCUCAAUCGGAUCACUUCCACCCAAAUGGUUACUC